AUGCUCGGCCAAGGUCUCUUCAGUUGGUUUGGCACGUCAAACGCACAGAGCUCAGAGGAGAAUGUUCAACCCACAUGGGAUCCUAAAACUUUGACCAUGGCUCAACCCUUUAGUCCAGCCGCCCCGACAACAGACAAGGUGGUCACCAAUCAACCUACACCUACGGAAGAUAUGCAGUUACAGCUGCGCGGUGGUGUUGCUGCUGCUGCUGCUGCUUCUGCUGUGGCGAUUGUUGUGGUCCUAAUGGGCCCCCGGGUGGACCAGAAGGCCCUGGCGGAGGUCCAGGAGGUCCUCCUGGUGGAGGCCCCGGUGGUUGGUAAAGCUAAGGGCUGUCUGCAAUCAACGUGUAAUAAAUUUGAUGCUACUAGCUACCUGCUCGAUUGCCGUGCACUUGUGUUCACAUAA